UGUGGAGGUGGGUGGUUCACUGUGUUGCAAUGACCCGGGCGUGGGGGGGCGGUCCGGUGACGUCACUGAGCGGGAGCCGGAAAGGGAAGGUUGUACAAACACGAUGGUCUCAUGCUCUCAACAUGUCCACGCUUCAAACGCUGAAGACGUUUAUUAACCAGCGGCUCGCAGUGGCCGUAGACGACAUAUUUGGUCUGCUGGAAACAACCAUAUCCAACUAUGAGGAAGAGAUGGACCGACAGCGCAGACUGCGGGAGGACGAGAGGUCUGAGUUCCUGAAUAACAGAUCCGAUAUGCAACAAGCCAUGAGGUUUCGGGUUAUCAUCGAUCAUGAUAUCAAGAAGAUAACUUUUGAAAAUGGCCUCCCCUCAUCUGUGGAGGACAUGAUCAAAGUCUUCAAACAUGCAUUUUCCAUUACCUCAGAAAUAGGCCUUCAGUACAAAGAUGCAGACUUUGACGACUUCUUCACACUAACGUCUACAAGUGACCUUAAAGAUAAAGACACUCUCAAAGUCGUGCAUGUGCCUCCAGACAUAAUAAUUACCACAGUCCCUCUGGAGUCCCACCCCGACACCACUGACGCAUCUUCAGUGGACGAUCUGCUCUUUACUGAUUCACAGGACAAUCUGAUUCCAAGGCCCCCUGCUACUGAGAGGCACAACCUGUGGCCUGCUGUCUUUCCCAUUCCCACCUUCUCCUACAACACGGAAAUGGCUCUGAGGCAAGGUAAUGAGAGGUUUCUAAAAGAUGGAACCCCACUGACAACACCAAGUGUCAAAUCAGACAUUCUGGAGCGACUGGCUGAGGCCAUGUUCUCCUACACAGCUUAUCCCAAUGAUCCACAGAGGGCUGCAGUUGCACAGGCCCUAAUAGAGAAGCACCCCUGCCUUAGGGAGCCCGGCUCUUUCAAUGGAUUUUAUGGGUGGCAGCAAAGCCUCAAGUACAAAUGUGGAAACUACAGGAGCAAACUUAAAGCUCAUGGAAACCCUGAACUAAUGAUAAAUACACUGAAACACAAGCAGGAUUGUGACAAAAAACCUGCCAAAAAUAUCAAAAAACCAAGGAAAUCUGAGGUUAACUACCUCCCCCCGUAUCCAGUCGGUGAAACAGAUGACAGCCUGGAGAAUGUGAGAACUGAGCUAAUUGCAGCCAGAAAGACAGAAGACAAUAGACUGAAGAUCAAUGAUAUGAUGUCCAGAACAUACAGCUGCAGAAGAAGGGAAGUGGUUGGCCAGUCCACGCAUGUGGUAGAAUUGAAAGAGAGAUGGCCUGCUCUCUUUGAUCCAUUUCAGAUAAAUGAAGAGUUUCGAAGGUGCAACACCAUUCCCCUGGAGUCGACGUUUCUGUCCCAGCUGGACAAGUACACCCCAAAGUUCCUGGAACUAUUCAGCACAAAGGGAGGAGUUGUUGGGCAGCGCCUGAAGAGUGUGUUGAUGGAACUGGAAAAGGACCCACAUGCCUCAGUGGUGAAGAAAAGGGACAUGACUCUGAGAUGCCUCGUCAAAUACAUGGGGGAGAGUGUGCAGGAGCUCAUCUCUGACUACUAUAGAACAGCAGAAGAGAAAGUGCAUGAGGACCUUAAAACACAGGAAAUGAGGAUCUACGCUUGUCAUCAGCCGGAUGCAGUGGGCAUCAUCAUUGAUGGAACUCCGGUGCUGACAGGACUGGAUAACGUGUCCAGAGCCUGCUGCCUGCUCCUUGGCCUCAUCUAUGCACUAAAUCUGGAUUAUCCUCCAAAACUUGCCAAAACAUUUGAAGUCUUUCAAAGACUAUUUGUAGGACUUGAUACGCUACAGUCAAAACCAUCCUCCAAGUUCAUCAGCCUGAAAAACAAACUCCUCACUUAAGCAAUCGCUCUAAACCACUGGUGUGGUCAAGUGUGUUAUAAUUUGGAGCUGGAGAGGUUUCUGGUUAUUUGAUGCCUUUACUGAAUGUUCUUAACUGGCAGAAGAGUUUUGAUGAAUACAGGUUAAAAACACUGUAGUUCACUUUGCUCUAGUUGUGACUGGUUCUGUGGUCAGUUAAUGUGGGUUUUAUAUGUCCAAGAGAUUUCUGCUUCUGCCCCAGUCCAAUGGAGGCGCUGUUUAAUUUCAGGCUAUUGAUUCUGAAGAGAGAUAUUUGUUUGAGAUUGUUUUAAAUUUCACUAACUAAAGUUCCAUUAGUCUGAAAUGUUACUUUCAUGUCACAUUCAUGUGAGAUGGUUCCAAUUUAAUAUUGGUUUCAAUAUAUAUCACAUUGUUGAUUAUGUGGUUUAUCCUAAACCUGCAAUGGAAGUAAAACUUUUGUGAAAAAUAAUGUUGAUAAAGUUUUAGAGUGACCGCUUUUAUACAUUUUGUAAACAUUUCAUUUAGUAAGAUUUUCCACUGUUCUG